AGUGUGCCAGCGAGUUUUUGAGGAAGAGAAAGAGGGAGAGCGGGAGAGAGAGAGAGAGAGAGAGACACUGCGUGUGUGUGUUUAUAGAAGGACAAGUGCAGCAAAAAGAAGAAGGUCGCUCAGGGAGGAAGUGGGCAGAACAUGCAGCAUCCCAUUAGGACCAGAAGAGGGCGACAGACUUCUGUCUAACAGAGACCACACAGAUACAGGCAGAAAAAAGAGGGUGAAAGGAGACACUUAUGCUAAAUUAUGGAAGGCCAUCGGGAUUAUAACCCUUUAAAUGUCCUGAUCUGUAAACAGUACACAUUUGCUGGGCAAUCUUACUUACAGUGCAUCAGCGUGUGCUUUCCUUGGGAAUCAAAUCCAUGAUAUUGACCUGUUGAGCUACAGAAACAUUCCCAUCACCACCAAACCUGUGGACAGAGAUAAACCCAUAAUUUGUGAGUUUUAUACACAAGUACACACGCUUACAAAAUGCCAUCACAAGUGGCAUUAGCUGUGACGCUAUCUGCUCUGAUUCUCCUCACUGUCUGUGGCAAUAUAUUGAUUUGUCUGGCUGUGUAUGUUACUAGACGUUUGCGUAACGUCACCAACUGCUUCAUUGUGUCGCUAGCAGUUACAGACUUUCUACUGGGCGCUCUCGUGCUCCCGUUCUCGACCCUCUACCAAGUCACAGGUGACUGGCCGCUGGGCGGGCACUUCUGCAACAUUUACGUCUCUUUGGACGUCAUGCUAUGCACCGCGUCCAUACUCAAUCUCUUUGCCAUUAGCUUGGACCGUUAUUUUGCGGUGACCUCUCCUCUGCGCUACCCAAUGCUGGUGCUUCCAUGGCGCGUCGGUGCGAUUUUAGCGGCGAUCUGGUUAGUUUCAGUGGGCGUGUCGUUCGUACCCAUUCACCUGGGUUGGAAUACUAGAGACUUGAGCGUGCAAAAUAUACGAGAAGGGGACUCUACUCGAGAUUGCCGUUUUGAGCUGAACCCGACGUAUGCGGUGGUCGAUGCCCUCGCUACGUUUUAUCUCCCCCUAGUGGCCAUGUGCUGGAGUUACUACAGAGUGUUCCGCAUUGCGAGGGCGCAGGCGAAACGGAUCAUCUCAACCCACCGAGGGCUGAAAACGGGUGUGACGGCGUUAGCCCUACGCGAACACAAAGCCACGGUAACGCUGGCGGUGGUGCUUGGCGCUUUUGUGGUGUGCUGGUUCCCGUAUUUUACCUUUUUCACCGUGAUGGGGAUUCGGAAAGAAGAGAACCCACCGCGGACGGCGCAGUCGGUGGUGCUUUGGCUCGGGUACGCAAACUCUGCGUUAAACCCCAUACUUUAUGCUACGCUCAACAGAGACUUUCGAUCGGCGUACUUCAAGCUGCUUUGCGGAGGACGAGGAUGUCAAAUUGGGACCAAAGCAAUUGUAGUUACAAUGGAGGAGGGGCUUAUAAAUAGACACGCCCCUUUGACAAACAGGGUGGGUCUUUUGCCUAGAACCUGUGUGCUGCUACAAGAGACCGAAAACAGACAGAGUACAGAAAACAGCACAAACGGCUCUACGGUCACCAUCAUAGCAAACAAUGAAAGAGAUCAAACACAGGAUGCAGAAACAUGAUGUAGGCCAUGACUUUUGAAAUUGGCACCAUGUCUACCUCAAUAAUGCCAUUAGCGACCCAUCUUGAAUGAAUCAAGCUUUAUACAGGUGAAGAUUCAUGUAGCCUUUUUCUGUUAGAUAUUUUUCAUCAAACUUUAAACCUACAUGGACACUUGGCCAUCCAAAAUCAUCUCAGUCUAGGCUGGAUUCAGUGGUCAUUUCUAUGUGUUCCUCUGGGAAAAGCUUCUGGAAGAAAGAGAACAAAAACUUUAUAAUGCCCUAUCAGUACACACAGCAGAACUCCAUAAAAAUGCAGAUGCAAAAAUCUUUUUGCAGCUAAAAUGUCUUUUUGACGCCUUCUAGUGGUGAUGGGUGGUAACACUAGAUAAUGUAGGAAAGAGUCCAAUUACCUCAGAUUUAAAGGCAAGUACACACAGAAGCACCUGAGGACUGCAGAAUUCAUUUCUUGCUAUUACAUUUUGUGUUUUUUUCCACGGUGGAUUUACAAAUUUAUAUAUUAUGCAGUCAGAUUCCAGCAGGGGUCUCAAACUCAAAUUACCUGGGGGCCACUAGCCAGUUGCUGUUUUUCAACAGGGCCCAUUCAACAGCUGCAACAAAUAAAUGUUUUUACAAACAUGAA